AUGACGAUUAAUCAAGGAGCUACCAAUCUACGACGGGUCCUCGCGGAUCCCAAUGGCUUCGUUGUGGCUCCAGGUGUGUAUGAUGGCAUGUCAGCACGCAUGGCACUCGCAGCCGGAUUUGAUGCGCUGUACAUGACCGGAGCAGGAACCGCAGCUUCCGUCCACGGACAAGCAGACCUGGGCAUUUGCACCCUCAACGACAUGCGAAACAACGCCGAAAUGCUAGCAAACCUCUCCCCCUCCACACCCUUAAUCGCCGACGCCGACACAGGCUACGGCGGCCCAAUCAUGGUAUCACGCACAACAGAGCAAUACGCCCGAUCUGGCGUCGCAGCCUUCCAUAUCGAAGACCAAGUCCAAACAAAGCGUUGUGGCCACCUCUCCGGAAAACUGCUAGUCGACACAGCGACCUACGCAACCCGGAUUCGGGCUGCUGUGCAAGCACGCCAGCGAAUCGGGAGUGAUAUCGUGGUCAUUGCGCGCACUGACGCGUUGCAGGGACAUGGAUACGAGGAGAGUCUGGCAAGACUCCGAGCCGCGCGCGAUGCUGGUGCGGACGUGGGAUUCCUUGAGGGGGUUUCAUCUCGGGAGAUGGCUGCGCAGGCGGUAAAAGAUCUUGCGCCUUGGCCUUUGGUGCUUAAUAUGGUUGAGCAUGGCUCCACGCCUUCGAUCUCGGCAUCUGAGGCGAAGGAGCUUGGAUUUAAGAUUAUCAUCUUUCCUUUUGCGACUAUUGGGCCUGCGCUCAUGGCUAUGCGGGAGGGAUUGGAGAAGUUGAAGAGGGAUGGGUUGCCUGGUUUGGAUAAGGAGUUGACGCCUCAGAUGCUCUUUAGAGUGUGUGGCCUUGAUGAGAGUGUGAAGUUGGAUGCGGAGGCGGGCGGAGCUGCGUUUGACGGCGGUGUAGACUUGCCGUGA